CCCCUCAAUUAGGUCUAGAGCUUCCCCCGCGCUGAUGCGGUCAUUUCAUAGCUGCUAAGUUAACGUUAACAUUAGCUAGCUUGAGCUCAGGUUCAAUCCAUCCAUCUCCCCGCCCAAAGAAACCAUACACCACCACCACCUGGCAACCACUUUACACUUAACACUUAAACUACCACCAGCACCCCCACACACUCCAGAUAGAUACCAAAACCCACCACCCACCACGCCCACCAAAGAAAAUGCCCUCCCCCCACCUCAAAUACAUGCGCGCCUGCCUCGCACUCGCCGAGAAAUCGCCCGCGCGACCCACCAACUUCCGGGUGGGCGCGCUCCUCCUCUCGCGGCACGAAGACGACACGACCCUCGAGAAAGACGACCAGCUCCUCGCGACCGGCUACACGAUGGAGCUCGACGGCAACACGCACGCCGAGCAGUGCUGUCUCGCCAACUACGCGGCCACCCACAACGUCCCCGCCGACCGCGUGGCCGAGGCGCUGCCGGCCGAGCCCGGCCGGAAACUGGUCAUGUAUGUGACGAUGGAGCCGUGCGGGCGCCGGCUGUCGGGGAAUGCGCCGUGCGUGCAGCGGAUUAUCCAGACGCGGGGCCCCGCUGGAGCCGAGGGAAACCGGCGCGGCAUCCAGAAGGUGUACUUUGGGGUGAAGGAGCCCGGGACGUUUGUGGGCCAGUCCGAGGGGUGCAGGCAGCUGACGGCGGCGGGGAUCGAGUGGGAGGUGGUGCAGGGGCUGGAGAGGGAGAUCUUGACGGUGGCGACGGCGGGGCAUGAGAAUCGCGAGGCAGAGGUGCGGGCGGCGAUGGAGACGGUCGAGACGAAUAUUGACGAUAUCAGUGCGGAGGAGCGGAGGAGGCAGGCGCAGGUGCCUAGGAAUCCGAAGAAGAGGGUUAUGGAGGGCGAGUUGAUGGGGUGAUUGGGUUGCUGGUGGUUUUGGGAGGGUACUGUAGAUGAAUUGAUGAUACCGUGUAUAUAUGUAGAUCGCAACGAUGGUUGUCUUGUGCAAGAGUGCUGGUGAGGAUGGAUGGGGCUCGGUCUGGUAUGGUUCAAGCAGGCGAUAGUUAGCCUUCUAGAGGAUGGAGAGCGAUAAUAUGGUUCUGUCAGCGGCCUGUCAUUUCUCGUAAAGAUCUCAUCUAAGGACUACUUCGAUCCUGAAGGAUACUAUUGUAACUGCA